ACCACUGUUCUUUGAUCACUAAAUUUCUCAUGAUGCAGCCUCUAUUCAUAUCCAUCGCUGCUGUAGCAGCACUCUCUGCUGCCCAAGAGCUUCCUCAGGGCUACGCCCCCAUCCCAGUCCCAUGCCCAACAGACCUCCAAUGGGUCCGACCAGCUGUCGGUCUCAACCCGGCCGAGGCGGACUGGGUCCAAGGCAGGAAACCAGUUGUGCUUGAGGCGCUGAGGACUUAUCUUGAGCGUCUUGAGCUGGCUGACUUCGAUAUGGGGGAAUACAUCGCUCGCCUGAACGACUCCCAUCAGGCCCAUGUGCCGAUUAUAGGCAUGGCCAUCAGCGGCGGCGGGUUUGGAUCAGCGUUUACUGGCACCGGGGCGAUGCGGGCCUUCGACGGGCGACUCCCAGCAGCUAAUACGCAGCGCACUGGCGGACUCCUGCAGACUUUAACCUAUCUCUCAGGGUUGUCCGGGGGAUCAUGGCCCACUGUGUCAUUUACAGCUCACAACUUCCCGACGGCCGACGAGAUCGUCGACUACUGGAAGCCCGAGAUCGACCGGAUCUACAAUGUCGAGAACACCACUGCUGACGCCGCCACCGAGGUCACCAUGUUUGAACAGAUUGCGACCAAAUUCGAGGCCGGAUUCGACGUCGGGGUGUCUGACUACUUGGGGCGUGCCUAUGCGUACGAGUUCAUCCCCGGCGAGGAGGGCGGCCUCAACACUACGUAUUCGGGGAUUCGACAAUUGAGCAAGUUCCUGAGCCACGAGAUGCCAAUGCCGAUCAUCCAUCUAGCUGAAGUCGGCUCAGGCGAUCUGGAAUACGACGGCCUCUGGGUACCGCAGGCAAAUCGCUCCUUGUUCGAUGUGACGCCCUUUGAGUUUGGGGCUUGGGAGGGAUCCGUCCGGGCCUUCACACCCACAGAAUGGCUGGGCAACCGGUUAUCCAACGGCCAGCCUGUGAACGACAGCGUGUGCGUCCGUGGAUUCGACCGGGACAGCCUUAUUAUCGGGUCUUCCGCCGAUGCUUUCAACUUCUGGUAUCUUGAGGCCGUUUCCAACGACACUCUCGGGCAGUUUGCCAAGCGGGCCGUCACUCUCAGUGAUCUCGACGGCAUCAUCGAGGGCUUUGAAGAGGUCUUUGGAUUGAACCUCACCCAGAGCGCAUACGCGGUCUACCCGAACCCUUUUGCCAACCUCUCCCUCUCAUCCGGGGUGGCACACACUGCCCCCGAGCUCACCCUGGUAGAUGGGUCUGAGACCGGCCAGACAAUCCCCUUCUGGGGCCAGAUCCAGCCCGCGCGCAACGUCGACUUCAUCUUCGCCUGGGAUGACUCCCAGGAUGCGUCGCCGUAUUCCUGGAACAACGGGACCAACCUGUACAACACCUACAGGGCCGCCAACGCGACGGGGCUUCCCUUCCCGGUGAUCCCGCCGGUCAACACGCUGAUGAACAUGAAUUACACCACCCACCCGGCCUUCUUUGGCUGCAAUGCGAGCAGGACCACGACGGGUGACGAGCGGGCUCCAAUCGUGAUGUACAUGGCCAACGCGCCGUACAGCGCGUAUACAAACUAUUCCUUCACGCAAUCCGCCACCAGCCGCGAGCAGAUGCAGGAGAUCUUCGAGAACAGCUUCAAUAUUGUCACACAGGGCAAUGGGACGUGGGAUGCAGAAUGGGCCGAGUGCAUUGGCUGUGCAGUGGUGGAGAGGAGCCUCGCUCGUGUGGGCAUGCAACGGACGCAUCAGUGCACUCGCUGCUUCGAGCGGUACUGCUGGAACGGAGAGUUGGACGAGAGGACGCCGGCGGUGAUGAAUCCCUCGUUGAUCUUGGAUCCGAGCGAGGGCUUUGCAGAGUGGAAUGCAACAAACCCGUUUUAGUAGAAAUGGCAAUUGAAGAUAUUCCUUAGGGUUUAGGGUUAGGGUUAAUAAAUCG